CUCUCUCUUUUUCUCUCUCUGUCUUUAUGUUUCUUUUUAUAGAAAGGAACGCAUUCAAUUAUACAGGAGUAGCGACAAAAGAAAUCUUCGCUUCAAUGUGGUUCAACUCACAAGUUUGACUUCUGCUAGAGAUUUGGACUAUGAAUUAUUGAUAAAAUUGAAUCAAGAAGUGGUGGCGACACGAUUUGGUCAAAUGGUUAAACUUGCCAAAGGAAUUAGUUCAAGUAGUUUAACUGAAGAUUGGAUAUCUUUACAAGUGAUUGGACCUUUUGAACUUUCCAUUAUACUCAAGACUAAACCUACAAGGCCUUUUAAAAUAGCAGAUUAUUUGGCACGUCGUGGUUUCUGGCCUCCUUGGACUUCUCGCCGACAACAACGAGCACAAGCAUCCGCAUUUUAUCAACAAUCAACAUGUUGGUCUUCUUCAUCUGUUACCUCCUCUUCAGCAGCAGCAGUGGCAGUAUCCUCUUUACCUUCCUUGUUAUCCUCUGUACUCGUGACAUCUCGUAUGACAAUGACUGGUUAUUUGGAUUUAAUAUCAGAGGAUAAUUUUGAUUUGAUUGAAAAUGGUCAGCAUAGAUAUCGAUUUUCCAAGACAACAUCAGCGAGCAAUAUGAAUAUGGAACUCUUGGUUGAAUUUCGUUGGGAAGAACAACAACCUGGAGAUCGGGACUUGGGUGUUGCUGGUCAAUGUUCUCCAACAACAAAGAAAACAUUGAUAUAUCCUUGGACUCAUUAUAAAGGUAUCUCUCAGUCAUCAGGCACUCCCAUGGAAGAAGAAAAAGAAGAUGGACUUUUAUCAAAUAAGGAUAUGGUCAAGGAUGCUUUAUCUCAUAUUACUGGUGGCGAUUAUUUGACAUUCUAUCUUCAUGGUGGUUCUGCUCUACCUAAAUGGCAAAGAUAUUGGGUUAUUUUGAAAAACAAUCACUUAUUGUUAACAUCACCAUCAUUAAAGAACAAGAGUCCUAUAUAUGAUCUUCCUUUGAAAUUAUUGAAAUAUGUUUCCAAACCUACAGAAGAGGAUCAAGAAUAUGUUUGUUUGAAUCGAAAAGUUGGUAUUGUGAUACAAUUGGAUACCCAAUCAAGCAAUGAUUUCAACUAUGGACUUUUAGGUGAUAGAAUGUACAUACUAGCCGAUACACCUCAAUUGGCUUUAAUAUGGCGACGUGCAUUGACAUCUAUUAGAAAGAAGAAUCGUUUUUAGUGACAACAUAGACGUUGUCAAAGUAUAUAGUUGGAUAUUUAAUUUUAUUUAGUAGUUUUAUUUUCAUUCCUAUAAUAAAUAUUUUCGAUGGAGAUCUACGUCUUUCGUC